ACAGCAAGAAGAGACGCGUGCCGCCACACACACACAGUUACAACAAGAGCAGACAGUUUCCAACAUGUACGAUUUGCGCCCUACCAGCCUAAUUAGAAAUUUACCAGGUGGCAACGCUGACAAUUCAAACAUCUCAACGAACACAAUAGACUAUGGAUCAAGUGGCAACGUCAACAUUUCGAAUGCCCCAACAAUCGCUAUUGGAAAUGGAUUGGGUGGCAACCCUGAUGGCAACCAGGAAGAGAGGCCAUUUACCAGGGCUGGAUCAACAGUUUCACUUUCUCAUGCCAAAGAAGCUGCCAUCGAUUUCGAAGGGAACAUUUGCGCACGCAACUGGGUGGAGCACCUCAAAAAUAUAGGACUGAUCUACAAUCUAACAGAUGACUGCCUACGAAUGCUGUUCGUUACCAAACUUAAGGGUAACGCACAGCGUUGGCUACACGUCAACCCAACUCGGAUGCUAGAAACUUUCGAAAGGCUGUGUGAGCAGCUGAUCGUAGCAUUUGGAGAAACAGCGUCGAAAUCAAAGCUGCGCCGAAGAUUUGAACAGCGAAAAUGGCAAAGGAACGAGCGAUUUACCAUGUACUUCGAGGAAAAGAAAAUGAUGUCCCAAACCGUCAACAUGGACAUGGAAGAACUGCUCGAGCAUCUCAUUGAGGGGAUCCCAUCGGCGAGCUUACGCGAUCAAGCUCGCAUCCAAAGAUUCGCCAAUCCGGAGCAAAUGCUGCUAGCAUUUGCCAAUGUACGCCUCCCGCAACAAGCUGGGAGCUACGUACCAAAGAAGUCAACAUCGGAGGCGGUGGUCAACAACCUGCGUUGCAGGAACUGCAACUCCAAGGGCCAUUUCGCCAAAGACUGCCGCAAACCAGCAAGGGCACCUGGAUCUUGCUUCGCUUGUGGAGAAAUGGGCCAUUUUGUGGGAGAAUGUCGUCUAAGGAAAAGCAACAUCAACAGCAACACUAACAAUUAUAGUGUCUCAUAGAUUCAGGGAGCGCGAUAUCAUUCAUUAAAGAAUCCAAAAUUCCAGUUGAAGUAGCUUUGAAAGCAGUUAACCAAGUGUAUCAUGGAAUAAACAAGAGCCAGCUUUAAAUAUUUGAAAAAACUUUAUGUUUCAUAUUAAAAGAAAAAAUAAAAAUUCAAUUCGAAAUGGUUGUCGUCGCUAAUGAAUCAAUGAGAUACGAUGUAGUCCUGGGAAGGGAUUUUAUGAAUCAAUAUGGUUUGAGCAUCAAUCUAGACACCCUUGGCGUUAAUGAAGAUAUUAAUAAUAUGAUUAAAAUAUUUGGGGAAAAUGAUCAACAACUGGCAAAUGCCGUAGUAGCCAAUUGCGAUGUCAGCGAAACUGUUAGGGAAAAUGAAACUCUUGAGGAAAAACUGUUAGGAAAUGAAACUGUUACGGAAAAUGAGAUUGUUAGGGAAAAACUGUUAGGAAAUAAAACUGUUACGGAAAAUGAGAUCGUUAGGAUAUGCAUCUUUUAAGGAAAAAUUUUUAAAAAAUGAAACGUUUACGGAAAAAUUUGUAGAAAGUGAAACUCUUAAGAGAAAAUUGUUAGAGAAUGAAACUUUUAGGAAAAAAAUGUCAGAGGAUACAACUGAUGAGAUACAACGAAGUGAAAGAAUAGAAAUUUUAGGAGACAACUUUGAAACUGAAAUGCUGAACAUCAAAUUUGUUGAUGAUCAGUUUUUAGACUAUAACUGCGGGUGUGAUGUAAGUUAUGAAACGACAUGCAAAUUUGUUAAAAUGUUCGAAGAAUCUUACGUCAAUGCGAAGAGACCAGAUAGUCCAUUUACCAGAUGCGAAAUGAAAAUUAGUUUAGAAAAAUCCAAACCAUUCAGUUGCUCGCCUAGGCGACUUUCAUUUAGUGAAAAGGAGCAGUUACAAAAAUUAUUAGACGAAUAUUUAGACAAAGGCAUAAUAAGAAACAGUGAUUCAGAAUAUGCUUCCCCCUUUGUGCUAGUGAAGAAAAAGACUGGAGACUUGCGUUUAUGUAUAGACUAUAGAAAAUUGAACAAAAUUUUAAUAAAAGACAAUUAUCCGUUACCUUUGAUAGAUGAUCUUCUAGACAAGAGAUUUAAAGAAUGGAUAUUUUCACGUAUUCGUUGACAAUGAUUCAAUUAAAUACACAUCGUUCGUGACUCCGUUAGGACAAUUUGAAUUUUUAAGGAUGCCUAUGGGCAUCAAGAACGCAUCAGCAGUAUUCCAACGCUUUGUAAACAAAAUUUUUGCUGAUUUGAUACGCGAAAACAAAGUUAUCGUAUACAUGGAUGACAUAAUGAUAGCCAGUGCAAACAUGGAAGAACAUUAAAGGAUGUGUUCAUAAGACUAGUCAAUAACAAAUUAGAACUUCGUAUGGACAAAUGCGAGUUUAUGCAAUCUAGUAUAAAGUACCUAGGAUUUCUUAUCACUAAAGAAGGGAUCAGAGCAGAUGACAAGGGUAUCGAGGCAAUUACAAACUUUCCAAUUCCUGGAAAAGUACACAACGUUCAAAGUUUUCUAGGAUUAUGUUCUUAUUUUAGAAGGUUUAUAAAAGAUUUCUCUACGUUAGCAAAACCACUUUACGACAUUUUAAGAAAAGACAAGGAAUUUGUUUUUGAACAAAGAGAGCUAGACUGUUUCUUGAACCUUAAGAAAAAACUGAUAGAAGCACCCGUUUUAGCUAUUUAUGAUCAUAAAGAUGAGGUUGAAUUGCAUUGCGAUACCAGUGCUACGGGUUUUGGAGCGGUUUUAAUGCAAAGGAAAGAAGACGGAAAACUCCAUCCCGUAUUCUAUUUUUCAAAGCGAAGUUCAGAGACUAAAGCGAAGUAUCACAGCUUUGAGCUGGAAACUUUGGCUAUUAUAUACUCGUUGCGUAGAUUUCGAAUCUAUUUACAAGGGAGACAUUUCAAAAUACUAACUGAUUGCGAUUCCUUAACGCUUACAUUAAACAGAGUCGAGCUAAAUCCUAGAAUCGCCCGAUGGGCACUCGAACUUCAAAAUUAUGAUUACGAACUGAUUCAUAGAUCCGGGACAAAAAUGCAACACGUAGAUGCUCUGAGCAGAUGCAACAUUUUAAUUGUAGAAACCACUAGUUUUGAAGACAAUUUAUUAAUCUGCCAAUCAAAAGAUUUAAAAAUACAGAAAAUAAAGGAAGAUUUAGAAAAAAAUCAGCAUAAACUGUUUGAAAUGAGAAAUGGAGUAGUGUACAGAAAAACAAAUGACGAUCGUUUAUUAUUCUUUGUCCCAGAGGAAAUGGAAAAUCACGUUUUGCAUAAAUAUCAUAAUGAACUUGGUCACAUUGGUAGAGAUAAAAUGAUAGAUGCGAUUUCGAGGACUUAUUGGUUCACAAACAUCAAGGAAAAAUGUAAAGAUCACAUUGAGAAUUACCUAAAGUGUGUAGCAUUUUCUCCAAACACUGGGAAGUCAGAAGGUUUCCUACACAGCAUUCCUAAAGGAGAUAAACCAUUUGAAUUAUUGCACAUAGACCAUUACGGACCAGUAGCGGCAGGAAGAGCGAAUAAGCACAUAUUUUUAGUAGUAGACGGUUUCACGAAGUUCGUUAAAUUAUAUACAACAAAGACAACUAGUACCAAAGAAGUUCUAAAAGCUUUAUCCGAUUAUUUUAGGGCAUAUAGCAAACUAAAAUGUAUAGUUUCAGAUAGAGGUAGUUGGUUCACAUCAAACGAAUUCGCACAAUUUUUAACAGAAUCAAACAUUAAACAUCUAAAAAUUGCAACAGGUUCUCCGCAAGCAAACGGACAAGUGGAACGCAUAAACAGGACAAUUGGGCCAAUGAUAGCAAAGUUAACUGAGCCUGAAAAUGGUAUUCAUUGGGACAAUGUAAUCGAACAAGUAGAAUAUGCGAUCAAUAACACUGUACACAGAAGUAUUAAACAGGUUCCUAGUAAAAUGCUCUUUGGUGUAGAGCAGAAAGGUCAAAUUAUUGAUGAAUUUAGGGAGAGAUUAGAAGAAAUUAACGACACAGUUCAGGUAGAAAACUUAGAGGAAAUUAGAAAAAGGGCUAGGGAUAAUCAAAAUCGAGCACAGGCAUAUAACGAAACAUAUUAUGAUAAAACAAAGAAAAAGCCAAAGUAUUAUAGAAAAGGCGACUACGUAAUGGUGAAAAAUUUUGACAGUACUGCGGGAGUUGCUAGGAAGUUGAUCCCAAAGAACAAAGGCCCUUACGUAAUUGAUAAAAUACUUCGUAACGACAGGUUCUUGCUAAAAGAUGUUGAAGGUUUUCAAGUUUCUCGAAAUCCUUACAAGGGUGUAUGGAGUGCUCAAAACAUAAGACCUUGGAUAGGAAAACGAACAAAUUCUUAAAGGAAAUAUACACUAAAAUACCGUAAUUCGUUAAAUUUGCCAUAUAAAAUAAACAAAUUGUUAUAACAUAAAUGUUUAGUUCUAAGAAACCAGUUCUAAGAUGGCCGAAUUGUAGUAGGCUGACCCUCUGGGCACACUCAUAUAUCGAUACUUACACUACACGAUAACCUAUGUUAAACCGAUGUUAAACCUAUGUUAAGAUAAUGUUAAGCUGAUGUAAUUAACAUUAAGAGUCAAUCUGUUUCUGCGAGUCAAAUAAAGAAGAAGUAUAGAAAGAAAUAAAA